AAAAUUCAUUUAGUCAACGGUGGGAUAUCAGAGAGUUCACAACGUACAACGCGAAUCUUACAUACAAACAAAAAGCAUCAUGGAUUUCUACUAUAUGCCUCUGUCUCCCCCCUGCCGAUCGGUCUUGAUGACCGCCAAAGCUGUAGGUGUCGAAUUGAACAAGAAAUAUCUUAACCUUAUGGCUGGUGAACACAUGAAACCGGAAUUUCUUAAAAUAAAUCCACAACACUGCGUCCCAACCCUGGUUGAUGGUGAUUUCGCUCUGUGGGAAUCUCGCCCGAUUAUGAUCUAUUUGGUUGAGAAAUAUGGCAAAAAAGACGAUUCUCUAUAUCCAUGCUGCCCCAAGAAACGUGCUGUUAUCAAUCAACGCCUUUAUUUCGAUAUGGGAACUUUGUACAAAAGCUUUGCUGAAUACUACUAUCCCAAAUCGUUCUACGGCAAACCCCUUGAUGAGGAAGCCUUUAAGAAAUUGGAAAGUGCCUUCGAAUUUUUGAAUACGUUUUUGAGUGGAUCCAAGUAUGUGGCUGGUGACUCAAUGACACUGGCCGAUUUUGCUAUCAUGGCCUCCUUGAGCACCAUGGUGGAGGUGGCCAAUGUUGAUAUCAGCAAAUAUGAAAAGGUGGCCAAAUGGUACAAUUGUCUUAAGGAUACAGUGCCAGCAGCUGAUGAAAACUGGGAGGGCAUUGAGGAGUUUAAGAAAUUUGUAAAUAAGUAAACAAAAUGUGUGUGAGUGUGAGUGUACGCUUCAAAAUGUAAUUCCUUGUUGUCAUUAAAUAUGUUGCUUAAAUUUAAUAAAAAUUAUAGUAGAAAAUGUAAA